AUCAUGUCCCAAAUGUGUUCUAGGUAACUGUGCGAGAUAGAUACGGAACCCGUGUUGUGAAACUAUCAAUUAUUGUUAUAAUUUAAUAUAUUUCUGUGUUUAUAAAAGUUUUAUGUGUUAUUAAGGAUAAAAAAGCCUCUUCCGUACCUUCAGAUAAAGUUUAUCGUCACCCUCUUUAUAACGUUAUAAAAAGUAUUACUUGGAUAAUUUACUUCCAGAAUGGCUAGAAUGGAGCUACCAAUUUUGGAUAAAUUUUGUUUUAUUUUCCACCUGAAGACCGGUUGUGUAGUUAUGGGGAUCGUCAAUUCAAUCCUAACCUUCGUGCUGGCUGUGAUCCUGAUAACAUUUGCGGUGGACAUAAAGAGUGCAUCAGAGAAACGUGAGGACAUUGACUCCGGCAUGUCUUCUGUCAUGUACACAAUAGUAAUACUACUGGUGGUUCUGCUGUUUGUGAAGUUCCUCUUGGAGCUGGUGUUCAUCUACGCUGUGUAUAAGGAGAAAUGUGGCAUAAUAAAGAAGUACUGCAUCUUCUGGAUCGUGUUCCUGGUGCUCUUCAUCAUCAGCUUCCUAAAGACCUUAUUCCACAUGGGAGCUGGCCAUGUCAUUGCACAAAUACUGUUCCUAGCUGAAAAUUUUUACUUUAUCGUCGUCAUUCGAAGUUAUCUUCUCUCCAUCAACGAAGACGGAGUUCUGUAAGUUAUAUCUCAUUUAACUUACAAAGAUUCACUACCAUUAUCAAUAAUUAUAAAAAUCAUAGAAGUUGUGAUUUUUUAUUUUGAUACAGUAUAUUUUAAUUACCUCUCGUUAAAAAUAACUGGUUGUGAAUCUAUGUUGUGAUGACUUAACAACAAGUCAUUAUCGAAUCUAUUAAUAAUUUUUUUUUAUUCAAAGUAGGAUUCUAAAUCACUAAGUGAAAACAAUACAUUUCGCCUCAGACCCGAGAGGAACAGGUGCAAAAAAGCAGCGGGCUUGUUUUUUAAAUAGAAUUUAAUUUCAGUAGAAUUUAGCAAUUAAACAGCCUGAGGGUGGUCGUUCCAUUCUCAAGGUUGUGGUAUCAUUAAUAUCGAUAAUAACGAUAACCAACCCAUCGAUAAAAAAACUCGAUUCGAACGACAGUUACGAAUUAUUGUUGAUAAACCAAUUAUAAAAGAUUUAUACCCAUUUGACCCCAUCCUCAUCACCUAUUUAGAGUGAAACCCACGCUUUUCUGUUCAUACGGAUCAUAGUUACUCAUCCCUUUCUUCACGGUCAAAGUCUUUAUAUAUAGACAGAUUAUAUUUAUGUAUAGACAGAUUGCAAGACAAGUCUCUUAACAUACCUAUAAACCUAUUUGUAAUUUAGUUUAGUAUAAGCAGUUCCCAAGUUCCUACGUAUCCGAGUAUUAUCGAAAAUCAACGCACUUUGUACUUUUCAAUAAUAAGAAUCCAUUAAGUCAAUACAUCGAUAAUUUUCGUAUUUCCACGAACUAACAUAGUCAACUCAAUUGCACCUUUUGAAUAUUAGAUAUUGUUUUUAUAAAUAUAAUAAUAUUAUCUGUCUUUCUCCCAUAAUACAAAUAUAAUAUUAUUUUCCUAUUAUCGUGCGCAAAGUUAAAAUCGAACUUGCGCAUGCAUUUGUGUUCGCAAAGUACCACUUUCCCACACGUUGACAAGAGCUUGCGGGAAUGUAGCUGAGCGUGCGGGAAUGUGGUGAGCGUGCUUGCGACACAGUCUCCCCGAGCCCGAGCGCUCUUGCUCGCGCCGGUUUGUUUACAUCUUUGUCGUCGUCUGGAAAGGAUCUGUCAAAACGUGCGCCCCUCCCCCCCCCCCCCCCCCGAGGGGGGCCUCUUCCAAGCGCCCCAACGCCACCGUUCUAUACGUUCCAAUUAUUUAAAAAAUUUGUAGUGGUCGAACUUUGCGCAACAUUAUGGGAAAAAUAGUAUACGAUACUUUGCGCACUCGUAACGUUAUGUACCUACUAUUUUGAAUUGCCAAUUUUUUUUGAGAGGUCAUAAACAUAUGGAACUGAGUAAUAAAAUUUCAUAUCUACGAAAUAUCAUAAAAUAUAGGUUAAAUUACCUGCAUAUCAAAGAGUUUUUAUAUUAUACUAAUAUUAAAUAACAUAUCAAAAUGACAAUAUUGUAAAAUUUUUUAAUAUUAUUAAUUUUAAUUUAUAGGAAAUUAUUUAUCAAUGUUUUAAUUAUUGUAUUGUAAGAAAAUGUAUAGAAGCUACUGUCCGACUACUCACUACACUGUUAACUGUGAACCCACUGAA